AUGCAAAAGAUUACGUCCUAUCUCCCGUCCUGGGACACGACCAAAAAAGAAAGCAAAAAGGGCUUCGACAAGGCCUUCAAGGUUGUCGACAAGCUGGGCGCGCCCAUCAACAGACUCUCCAAUCGCGUCGGCAGCGAAGCCUUUUGGCCGACGACGCUCGACAAGGAAAGCGACAAGGCCGCGAGAAUUCUCAAAUCAUUUUGCAAGGAUGGCUUCUACAUCGAGGAGGAGUCGGCGAGCGACGACGGCCCGAAGCAGAAGCAGCGGGUCCUCAAAAAAAUCCCCCAGAGCGUGAUUGAAAACGCCGUCGGCCUCGCCAUCUUCACCACCAUGCGCACCGGCCUGUGGAUCUCGGGCGCGGGCGGCUCCGGCGUGCUGGUGGCGCGGCAAGCCGACGGGGAGUGGUCGCCGCCGUCGGGUAUCCUGCUGCACACGGCGGGCCUCGGGUUCCUCAUCGGCGUCGACAUUUACGACUGCGUGCUCGUCAUCAACAACCGCAAAGCCCUCGAGGCAUUCACCAAGAUCCGCGCCACGAUUGGCGGCGAGGUCAGCGCGGUCGCGGGACCGGUCGGCGUCGGCGGCGUGCUGGAGAAUGACGGCAAGUGGAAGCAGGCGAACCGGCCCGUGUUCACGUACCUCAAGUCGCGCGGCUUCUACGCGGGCGUGCAGGUGGACGGCACGAUUGUGAUUGAGCGCGGGGACGAGAAUGCGCGCUUCUACAACGAGACCAAGAUUGGCGUCGCGGACAUCCUGGCGGGCAAGGUGCGCCACCCGCCGCGCGGCACGCGCAAGCUGAUGGAGACGCUCAAGGCGGCGGAAGGGCGCGCGGACGUGGACGGCGAUGUGAUGGAGGAGCUGGCGCGCGAGCUUGCUCCCGGCGAUGUCGACAUUGCAUCGCCCACGGCGGCGUUUGGCUUUCCGGACGACGACGACCCGGAUCCGUACGGCGUGGCGGCGCUCGAGAAGGAAGGGCUGGGUCUUGUCGAGGCUGGGACGCACGCGCGGGUGUCGAGCGACCAGUUUGAGUUUCGUCCGCGCAGCGGCUACCGCGGCCGGGCCAGCACCGUCUCGACGCCGACGUACCGAUCGAGCAUGGGCGCGGCGCUGGCGCAGCAGCACAAGCGCUGGAGCCACGGCAGCGCGUCCCCGACGUCGGACGCGGCCACGCAGACGGGCAGUGACGAGACGCCAAUGACGAGUCCGGCGACGACGAGCAGCAGUAGCCUCCGGGUGUUGACGACGCACACGGCUGUAAGUGGGCAGGAGGACCUGCCACCGCGCUACGGCGACACAGGCUACGACGGCGCCGGUGAAAAGGAGCAAAGUCCGUAUACCAGUGGUGAGACUGGGUUAGAAGAUGGAUGGAAUGGGGAUGGUCAUGACAGUAGCGAGUUUCUGGAUGCAGAGGAGACGGCGCCAAAGACGAUGGUGCUGCCCAAGGGCCCGCCGCCUGCGCUCCCCCCUCGGCAAGUGGCAGGGACGAAGCCGAUAGACGCUGGUUUCGAAGAUUUGGAUUUGAAUGAUGGAAAGAAUUGA